UAUAUAUUUACGUGUGUUAUUUGCCAAAAGGAUUUGACAAUAAUGCAGUAAGAGUUUGAUUCUUGAAAAUCCAAGAAACCCUUUUUGAGAACAAAAAUGGGUUCGAGGGUUUUGGCUUCCUCAUUCAUUUUCUUGAUCUUCACGGUCAUCACAUUGCCACCAACGAUCCAAGCUUGCACUCCUUGUACUCAUCCUCACCCUCGGGUUCCAAAACCCCCACACCACGGUGGAGGGGGAGGUGGUGGAAGCAAGCCUCCACCGCAUCACGGUGGGAAAGGUGGUGCUAAACCCCCACACCACGGUGGGAAAGGUGGAGGACCGCCGCAUCAUGGUGGAGGAGGAGGAGGGAAAUCACCGCCGAUUGUUAGACCUCCUCCGGUAGUGGUGAGACCACCGCCAAUCAUAAGACCUCCUCCGGUUGUCUAUCCACCACCAAUCGUGAGGCCACCGCCAAUCACAAGACCUCCGAUCAUAAGCCCUCCAAUUCAACCACCGCCCGUUACAACUCCUCCGGGACUCCUCCCUCCUAUCUCAACUCCUCCGGGACUUCUCCCUCCAGUCCCAACUCCUCCAGGACUUCUCCCUCCAAUCAUUAACCCACCUCCGGUCACAGUCCCACCACCAUCUUCCGGCUAUCCACCAUAUGGUCCACCUUCCGGGCCUGGAGGAGGGGGAGGAGGAGGCGGUGGUAAACAACCAACGUGUCCCAUCAACGCAUUGAAGCUUGGAGCUUGUGUUGACGUUUUGGGAGGAUUGAUCCAUAUAGGACUUGGCAAACCGGUGGAAAAUGUGUGUUGUCCAGUGUUACAAGGGUUACUUGAGAUAGAAGCAGCCGUUUGUCUUUGUACAACUAUAAGACUUAAGCUUCUCAACUUAAACAUCUUCAUUCCUCUUGCACUUCAAGCUCUCAUCACUUGUGGGAUCAAUCCUCCUUCUGGUUUUGUCUGCCCUCCUCUCACUUGAUCUAAAAACACCCCUUGGUUUAACAAAUGUACGUACGAUCAAGGGUUUUCGAGGCUUCUGUAAUAAUUCAAAUAUAUAUGUGGUGCUUUUGAUGAUCAGGUUUGUUGAUUAUCUAGGGUUUUUAACAAGUGUUGCUUUCUGUUCUAGUCGUUGUUGUCUUAAUUAAGCUAGGGUUUUUGCAUGGGACUUCUUUAAAAUUUGUUCUCUGUAAUCUUUUGUUUUGUUUUGUUUCCAGCUUCUCGCUGUCUAUCCAUUUGACUCUUUGGUGUCUCUCUC